AUGGGCACUGGCUGUUCUGCAACGCGUCCUGGAGGGUGGGCGGGCGGGUUUGACAUGGCCUUGGUGGUCAUUGGCCUAGUCAACUUGGUCGUUGGAGCGCGCUCUGGGAAUUUUGUCAGAGUGUUGCGUUUACUGAAAUUCGGGAGGGCGAUUCGUGCUAUCAGGGUUAUGUCUCACAUGAAGCACCUGCGGGCUCUCAUCGUUUGUCUCCAGGGCUCGAUAUCGAGUCUCUUCUGGAGCCUGGUGAUGCUCUUCGCGGUCUACGCCGUCUUCGCUCUCUUCCUGAUUCAGGUUAUCACGUCUCAUCUUCAGGACACAGGUGAGGCUCUGGAAGAGACUGCUUUCUACGACUUCUUCCCGUCGUUCGAAGCAUCUGUCUUAACGUUAUACAGGGCAUCAACUGGCGGUGAUGACUGGAGUGUUGCCUACCAGGUUAUCGAACCGACGGGCGAGAUUGGGAGUGCGAUUUACUUGUUGUUUAUUGCGUUUGUGCACUUUGCUUUGAUCAACAUUAUAUGUGGCCCGCGGGUAACUGGGAUUUUCGUGGAGUCGGCCAUGAAGACCCUCUCGCCCGACUCGGAAACACUCGCAUACGAGCAUUCCCUCCAAGAGCAGGAGAACGCCAAGAAGCUCAAGCAGCUCUGCGAUGCUGUCGACACCGAUCGUACUGGGAUGCUGACGCGGGAGAAGUUCGAGGACGGCCUUCGGAGAAAGCACAUACCACUGUUGCUCAAAAUGCUUGGGCUCCAGCGCCAUCACGUCCACGAGUUUUUCAACUACAUGGCCGAGGGCGCAGAACGGUUCGCCUCGCUGCUCUUCAUGCGUGGCUCCUCUUUUUUUUGCGCCCUCGGUGCCGUCGUGCUGGCGUUCGUGGCGUACCUGGUCAAGUACCGCCCGGUCGAGACGGUGGAUGCCAUCUUCAUGGGCGCCCUCUACGCGGCGGGCGCGCUCGACUGGGUCGCGGACAGACUCGGGCGCCGGGACAUACGCCUGGACGUGCCGUACGCGGCCCCCCCGCCCGCCAAGCCGCCGGCGGGCCAGGCUGGCAAGGGCCGUUCUGCGGCCACGCCAGCGGCUCCGCCGGGCAAGCCGCCUGCCAAGCCGGCGGGCGAGCCAGCGGGCAAGCCGGCGGGCAAGGCGGCGGCCAAGGCGGCGGCCAAGGCGGCGGGCAAGCCGGCGGGCAAGCCGGCGGGCAAGCCCGCGGGCAAGCCAGCAGGCGAGCCCGCGCCGCCGGGCAAGCCGCCGGCCGCCGGCAAGGGCCGCCGCUGAGAGGCGGGGCGGGGCGCGCCUGGAGGCCCUCAGGGUCUUGGUGGUGGCGGCGCUGGCAGCGUGUGCGCGGCAGCUCCUGUCGGGCGCAACGGCCGCCGUGGCGUUCCGAACGGCCUCCAAGGUAUUUUCCAGUGUCGUAGCGCGCGGUGUUGUCGCACGGGGGGCCGGCGGAUUAUACCACGGGAGCAGCUGCCCCGUGGCGCACGCGGCGGCGGCCGCCGCCAGGGCACGAGCACCGGGCCAGCCCGAGCAGGCGACUUGCUUGACCCUCGCCAAUGAUGUGCUUCCUUCGAGACUCGCCGCAGCCCCGCUUCUUCGGCCCACUCGCGCGCGACCGCCGAGCCCGCGGCAGAAAGGGUGUGUCCGCCAUCCGCCGGCUCUGCUCUCUACUCGCGCCCGCCUCUCUGGGGUCGAGAGGCAAUGCCACCAUCGAACAUGGAACGGACGCCCGUGGACGCCCUUCGGCAACGAGCGCCGCCGGAACGGCCCCA